AUGAAGCACAGCUGGUCAAUGUAACACGGCUGCCCUCUGCUGGUAGGACACGGGUAUUGCUUUAAGACAUUUAGCUACUUUAAGGCUACUUGUCCAGUGGGAGAGUUUUACAGUGGCAGUGUUUGUUGUUUUUAUACCCAUUUUCGCAUUACAACACACAAAACCAAAUAUAAAUUAAUAUUUCGCAGCUCUUCGGUUUAGGAACUUUACAGGAUGGUUUGUGUCACGUGAGUCCAUCCUGAUUGGUCGUCAGGAACUCGUACUUCCGCAUUGAUAAACCAUGUGGCGAACGUCCCUCAAUUUUGUGUCAUUAAAGGUUAUUUUUUUUGUUUUAGCUCGACGGCAGUUUAUUUACAGCUUUUAGUCACUGUUUUAUUAAUAAAUCAAUGAAAUGGCUCCUUUGUGUGAAUCAUGUGGAGAGAACAUUAAUAAAUUAAAACACCAGGUUUCUGUGAUGCGAAAAGAAAUCAAGAACCUGAGGCAGGCCUUGGACAGUGCCAUUAGAUCCCAUUGUAAACAUUUAACAGCCAUUCAGUCGACUGUGUCAAAGAUCGGAUGCUGUGGACCUGAAAAAUCACAGCCACCGCCAUCACCGCAGGCUGGAUUGGAACAAGGUAGCAUCCAGACGGUCCCGAUUGGGUACAUGAGUUCCUCUUUCUCAGUAAAGAAUGGGACGCCAAGACAGCCGAGUAUUUGUGCCCCCUCAAGGGCAGAACUACGCAUCCAGAAGAGUGUCUUCAAUAACCCAGAACAUGCUUUGGUGGGCCUUGAGCAGUACUCUCACAUCUGGAUCAUCUUUCUUUUUCAUAAAAAUGGACACAUGAGUUACAAGGCCAAAGUGAAGCCUCCCCGACUAAACGGUCAAAGGGUCGGCGUGUACUCCACACGCAGUCCACACAGACCAAACGCUUUGGGUCUCACUCUCGCUAAAGUGGACAGAAUUGAUGGUGAUACAAUACAUCUGUCGGACGUUGAUAUGAUUGCUGGCACCCCGGUAUUGGACAUCAAACCCUACAUCCCAGAGUAUGACUCCCCACAAGCUCGGGCUGCCGCGGACUUACAGUGUUAUAAAUCAGAUGUGCACCAACAAACAGCAACUGCUGGAUCACAAGAAGAGUCGAGUAUCUUGAACUUUCACAUAGACUCAGAAAUAGAUGUUCCUUCAAACCCAAAAUGUGAACAAACCAGUCACUGUCAUGACGAUGAGCCAGAGAGUCUCCUCCCAGAAGAUAAACCGAGACAUGAUAUGCCAAGAUCAGGUUCAGCAACAAGUUCUUCAAGUGAGAGCGUCCGAUUUUCACUGCUUAAAGACCUACAAAAUGUUCUGGAGGAGGCCAAGACCUAUGUCACGCAAGGUGACCUUUUACAACUAAAUUGUGAGGACAAGUACCAAAUGUCAGACUCGGCAAAAACCAGGCGAUUGGACUCAGCGGUGGAAUGCCCUCGUUAUGGAGAGGAGGCCUACAGCACCGUUGCUGCCUGGAUCAGGGAGCCUCCUGUUUCCACUUUGGAGGUUCGCUUCACACCGCAUGCUGAGAAGGACUUGGCGAAAUUCUUUCCCUCACACCUCUCAGGACCGAGUGAAUGUUCUAAACCCAGGUUCAAGUUUCUGCGCAGUCCAGAAGAAGCUGCUUGUGCCAUCAGAGGGCUGCUGUCAGCAGACCCCAGGUCAGUAUACAGACGGACAUGCUGCAAAGACAGACUCUUCUUCUUCACCCUGGACAUGGCUGACAUCACCUGCUGGUUUGGGAUGGGGUUUGCUGAGGUGCUGCAGGUCCAGCCUCUGCAGCAGCAUGUUGCCUCAUGGUGAGAGAAGCUCUGGAGGAGGAACUUCUCGCUCUGCAUAUGUCUUGUGAACAAAUACAUGUCUGAAUACUCUUCUGUGAGAUGUUCACCUGUUUGUUCACUGCAAACAAAUAUGUAUUUCAGAUGAAAUGUAUAUUUUUGACAACUUU